GCCGGAGAAGCCGGGGGUGGUGAGGGGGAGGGAGGUGGGAGCCUCCGCGAGGUGACAGUGGCUGGUGGCCGGCGAUCUGCGAGAGACUUUUUAUGCUCCAGAAAUGACGCAGACAGAUGUAUACAGUGAGAAGCCGUAAGAACAGCCAAGAAGUGAUUGUACUUAUGACGGUGUUAUCCGUCAAGUUCACGUGGAAAGAGUCGCGCAAUUCCAGGAAUGCCUUGAUUUUAAUGUCCAUUAUCACUGAAGCAAAGACCCAGACUAGCUGGUGACAAUCAUAUCUGAUGACAGUCAACAGAACUUGGAGUUGAAUUACUGACAAGUACAUGAAAACUUCAUAAAUGAACAUUGGAGUUACCUGCCUGUGAGACAGCGGUGUCCACAAAGCUAUGAGUGACACAAGAACUUCCCUUGAUAUUAAAGAGUACCCUGAUAGUGAGGUACAGAAGAAUCGAUUAAUGACCCUGAAAGAAUGGCAAGACAAGUGGGUGAACCAAGAAAUUGGAUUUCAUCGAGCAGCAGGACAUCAGCUAUUAAAGAAGCAUUUGGAUACUUUUCUUAAAGGCAAGAGUGGACUGAGAGUGUUUUUUCCCCUUUGUGGAAAAGCAGUGGAGAUGAAAUGGUUUGCAGAUCUGGGUCACAGUGUAGUUGGCGUCGAAAUCAGUGAACUUGGGAUACGGGAAUUUUUUGUGGAGCAGAAUCUUUCUUACUCGGAAGAACCAAUCACUGAAAUUCCUGGCGCAAAAGUUUUUAAGAGUUCUUCGGGGAAUAUUUCACUGUACUGCUGCAACAUUUUCGAUCUUCCCAGAGCAAAUAUUGGUAAAUUUGACAGGAUUUGGGAUAGAGGAGCAUUAGUCGCUGUGAACCCCAGUGACCGAGUGCGCUACACAGAUAUAAUGCUGUCCCUACUGGGAAAAGAGUUUCUCUACCUCAUGUGUGUUGUGUCUUACGAUCCAACAAAGCAUGGAGGCCCACCAUUUUAUGUUCCAGAGUCUGAAAUUCAAACACUCUUUGGUACAAAGUGCAAUAUUCUUUUCCUUGAAAAGGUUGACGAUAUUGAAAAACGGAAUAAUAUGGGAACGGACUACUUUUUUGAAAAACUAUAUCUACUGACAGAAAAGUAGAUGAUGGAUUAGUACAAUCAAGUGACAUCCAUAUGUUUUUACAUUUUUGAGUAACUGAAAAUGAUGCUAAGGAAAAAAAAAAGAAAAUGAUGCUAAGGCUUGAAAAUACAAUGAAUUUUUUUUAAAGUUCUUACAAAUCAUAUAAAUCUUUGCUCAAAAAUGUGUAUAACUUUCUAGAAGAAAACACAUACUAACGUGUUACAGUAGAUCUUUGGAGACAAUUACAUGGUUGUGUCUUAACUAACAAAAUGCAAGAAUUGGGGCUGGGGAUUUAGCUCAGCGGCACAGCACCUGCUUGACAAGUGCAAGGUCGUGAGUUCAAUUCCUGGU